AUGUCGAGAACCAACGGUGGAUUGUCGAGCUCGGCAGGAGCGGGACCUUCCACCUUCCCCGCUCAGGCCUCUGGAUCAACAGAUCUAUGGUCCGACAUCCUUCGGUCUGCAGAUAAGAAGAAGGUGUAUGGGAAGAAGAACGUCGUCAUACUGUCCGAAAGGCAUCAUGGCCGAACUCACCUCCUCACUCAAUUACUCGGCGCUCCUUCAACCUCCGACACUCGGCGAAGGAAGAGACCAGCCAGCACCUUAGCAUUGGGCUAUGAGGUGCUGCAGGUCAGGGAUGAAGGGGAUGAGGAGGCUGUACCACCUACAUCGGUCUUCUUUCCGCCUGGGUCAGGGAGGGGAGGGGUGAAGCUGGUUCAAGCUGCUUUACCGCCUAGCGCAAUACCCGACACCGCCGUGAUGAUUGUCCUAGACUGGACGAGACCAGGCGGGAUGGCAAAGGAGCUGAUCACGUGGCUGAGGUGGAUAGAAGAAUGGGCGGGAGGGUCCGACGAUUCAGAAGAAAUGCGAGAUAGACUACAAUCUCAUCUGCAGAACUACUCUGAGCUGCAACUCCCAUCCCCUUCAUCCUCACAACUCCCACUAACCAACUCCUACAGCGCAAACGCUCCGCUCUUACCGCUCGGCCAGGGCACUCUCACGCUCAACUCCCACGGCAUACCGAUUAUAGUCGUCUGUACCAAGGCGGACCUGAUGGAGUCCAAGGCGGAUGCAGCAGGGAUGAAGGGGUCGGCGUGGGAAGAGCGGUGUGACUGGGCACAACAGGUCAUCCGCACAAUAUGCUUGUCUUAUGGCGCUGCCCUGUUCUAUACCGCCUCGACCCAGCCGCAAACAUACACUCUGCUCCGCUCAUAUCUCCUCCAUCGCCUGCACUCCACCUCAACAUCCUCCGCCUCAAUUUCAGACUCCACUUCCGCUCCUCCACCACAGACGUCCCGCUUCCCUUUUCCACAUCGCGCAAACGUGCUGGACAGGGACGCGGUCAUGGUCCCCUCGGGGUGGGAUUCAUGGGGCAAGAUCAAUGUCUUGAGGGAUGGAUACGAUCCUGCGGGAAUACUGGAGGUAGUAGAGCGGGAUCUGAAAGCUGCGGAGGAAAGGGAAGGGGUGGAGCUGGAGCGGAUCUGGGUGGGGAUGAUACCGGAUCUAUCCCGGACCAAGCCGAGUAACGCUGCCUCUUCCUCCUUUAACGCCGAACUUGAACAAUCCUUCCUUCUGCGGCAGUACGACCUCCUCCAAGCCGACCCUCAUCGGGACCCCCGAGCCAAGUUCCGCUCAGCUAUGCCUGCUUCAUCAGGCCCCUCCGCGCCAGCAGGCACAGACGACCGGUAUGGCGGGUACGGCGGUGUCGUGGGACCGCUCGCUUCGUCUGGCGGGCUCAGCCUUCCUGGAGUCGAAAAGGCGAUGGCGGAGAUGGAGGGUCAAGGUGCCGAGGAUCUCAAAGAGAAGUUCGCCAAGAUGGGCCGGAAAGAUGGGGUGACGAAGCCGCUGCUCUCGCCGAGUACGCCAGGCGGUGGGGAUAGGCAAGCGGCGGGAGGUGUGCCCAAUGAGGCGCUGCAUAGCUUCUUUCAGGGGUUGUUGGCGUCCAAGGGGAAGGCGGGGACGCCGAAGCCUGCUACAGCGGAAUAG